UGAAACCAAAAACCAAAGCUUUCAAUUUUCUCUCACUUUUUCUUUCUCUCUUUCUCUCUUUUCUCCUUGUAGUAUACUUGUUUUUCUUCCUCCUGUUUUGACCGUUGCUUUUUCUCAACGUCUUUCUCUGUUCACACACACUUCUCUCUGUCACUGAUUCCUUUUCCACCACUCUUCCUCAUCAAAACACUGUCGUUUUCCUUCACCUCAUUGUCACCUGCGCUUCUUCCUUCUAACCCUUUAUUCCUCUUCUUCCUUUUCAUUUUGUUCUUCUCAUCUUUAACCAAUAUACACAGUUUGGUUGUGUUAGAAGGAAGAAAUUGAAAAAGGAGAGAGCAAGGAGGGAGGCAAAGACAGAGAGAGAGACAGACAGAGAUUUUCUCUUUUAAUUUUAUUGAUAUUUAUGGUUUCUGUAUGAAUCUGGUGAGGCAUAAAGAAAGGUUAUUCUUUUGUUUCCUUUUCAAUGCAAGUUUGAGGCAUUCAUUCAUAGGGGACUAAGAAGAGAUGGGAUGUUCACAUUCAAGGUUAGAUGAUGAAGAAGCAGUUCAGCUUUGUAGAGACAGAAAGAAGUUCAUCAAACAAGCUGUUGAGCAAAGGACCCGGUUGGCCACAGGACACAUAGCAUACAUAGAAUCUCUGAAAAGAGUUUCAGCAGCACUUCGUGAUUACAUUGAAGGUGAUGAACCUCGUGAGUUCUCAUUGGACAAUGCCAUCACCCCACCUUUCACACCGGUGAAGAAGAAAAGUGGCCCAGGAUUCAUUCCCAUAUCAGCAAAACCCUUUGCAACAACAGGAGCUAUUGAGUUUGGGAUCGGACCAAACUCUACUUUGAAAGUGAAUUACCUUAGGCCUGGUGGUAACCCAGCAAUUUCAGUUGAGGAAAGGCCUCAAUCCCCGGAAAGGGUACGUGUUGAGACAUAUUAUCCUCCAAUGCAGCAGCAGUAUGGUUUUGAUGGAUUUUUCAACAUGCAAUCCUCACCAGUGAAUCCCUCAAUUUUUGCCUAUUCUCCCAAUAAUAGGCCUAAUAUCCCUCCCCCUUCACCUCAAGCUUCCCAAUGGGAUUUUUUUUGGAACCCCUUUUCGUCUUUGGACAGCUAUGGCUAUCCUGCAAAAAGUGUUGAUCACACUGCAACGGAUGAUGAAUACAGAGGACUCAGGCAGGUUAGAGAAGAAGAAGGAAUACCAGACCUGGAAGAAGAUGAAACUGAACAUGAAGAUGGUGUUGGAAAAAGAAAUGUAGCAGAAGAAAGAACUAGACCCAACAUGAAUUCUUCAAAAGAAGAAGUUAUUGUUGAAGAUGUUGAAGAUGAUGACGACGAUGAUGAUGAUGAUGAUGAGGAAGAGGAGGAGGAAGAGGGUGAGGAGGAAGAGGAGGAAGAAACAGACGUUGAAGAUGAGACUGAGCAUGUUGCCAAAGAUUCCCAAGCUCAUGGAAGUGCAAGUUUUGAAGUAUCAAAAGCUCAAGCAGCUGGUCAUAUUGAAUCUAGCCAUAGAGAAAUGACAAUUGGUAAGAAGGAUGCUGUGGAAGAAACACCGGGUUUUACUGUUUAUGUAAACCGAAGGCCAACAAGCAUGGCAGAAGUGAUCAAUGACAUUGAAACUCAAUUCACAAUCGUAUACAAUGCAGCUAAUGAUGUUGCAGCAUUGUUAGAGGCCAAGAAAUCUCAAUAUUUGUUGACUUCUAAUGAACUUUCAGGAUCAAAGUUGUUGAACCCGGUAGCUCUGAUUCGAUCAGCUUCUUCACGCUCUUCUUCAUCACGAUAUUUGGUAAAUUGUUCAAGCACUGGCAAGGAAGGUUGUGAUGGCACAAAGGAUCUCUCUGAGGAACAUUGUAUGUUAUCUGGUAGUCACCACUCCACAUUGGACAGAUUAAAUACCUGGGAGAAGAAACUCUAUGAAGAAGUCAGGUCUGGGGAGCGUAUCCGAAUUGCAUAUGAGAAGAAAUGCAAGCAACUCAGGAACUUCGAUGCAAAAGGAGAGGACCCCUCUUGCGCAGAUAAAGCAAGAGCAGCCAUUAGAGAUCUUGAUACCCAGAUAACAGUUUCAAUACACUCAGUUGAAGCUAUUUCAAGGCGAAUCGAAACUCUAAGGGAUGAAGAGCUAUAUCCCCAACUUCUUGAAUUGGUGCAAGGGUUGGAAAGGAUGUGGAAAGUGAUGGCAGAAUGCCAUCAGAAACAGAAGAGAACCUUGGAUGAGGCUAAGAUUCUUCUAGCUGGAACUUACUCUAAACUACAUGCUAGAAAACAGUCUUCCAUGUUAAUGACAGAUCCGAACAGGCUAGCUCGUUCAGCCUCCAAUCUUGAAUUUGAGUUAAGGAACUGGAGAAACGCCUUUGAGUCAUGGAUCACUUCUCAAAGAUCCUACAUUCAUGCACUAACCGGAUGGCUUCUUCGGUGCAUGAGAUCUGAGCCUGAUGCAUCCAAGUUACCAUGCUCUCCUCGCAGAUCCAGUGGCACUCACCCUUUGUUUGGACUCUGUGUUCAGUGGUCAAGGCGCCUAGAUGCCAUACAAGAAAAGGCAGUGCUUGAUGGCUUGGACUUUUUUGCAGCUGGAAUGGGGUCCCUCUAUGCACAUCAGUUGAGAGAAGAUUCUAGGAGAAACUCAUUUGGACCAAAACAAAGUAAUGGUAACAUGGAACUAGUGGAAGCUGGUGAGGUGGAAGAGGUAAUGGCUCCAGAAAAACUUGCUGAAGUUGCUAUCAAGGUGCUUUGUGCUGGAAUGUCUGUUGCUAUUAGCUCACUGGCAGAGUUUGCUUUGGAUUCUGCAGAGGGUUACAAUGAAGUUGUUAAGCAAUGGGACACUGUCAAGUGUCAAAAUCAAAACACUGCUUCUAACAACACCAGGACUUCUAACAACACCAGGACUUAGCUGUUUCUCAUUUUGUGUUAAUUAGUUUAGGUUUGUUUAGAAAAAUGGGUGUCUUAGAAUGUAAUUAUGUAUUUAACUAACCAGUAUAAAAGUUAGAAUAGCGAGGGCAAUUGCACCCAAUAUUUUGUUAUAAUUGAAUUCCUUUUAUUAAAUUUUCAGUGGGUAAAAAUUGUUCAACUGA